GGCGGGCGGCAUCGGCUGCGCUGCCGGCUCCGGAGCUGCCUCGCGCGGCCGGGCGGGCGUCGCGGUCCUGGCGGGCGGCGUCGCGCGGGCGCGGGCUCGGGCUGGGCGCGGCGCGGCCUCGGGGCCGCCCAUGGGGCGCGGGGGGCCGGGCCGGUGACGCCGGACGCCCAUGGACGCCGCUGAGGAGCCGCAGCCGCCGGUGAUCUACACCAUGGAGAACAAGCCCAUCGUCACCUGUGCUGGAGAUCAGAAUUUGUUUACCUCUCUCUACCCAACGCUUUCCCAGCAGCUUCCGAGAGAGCCGAUGGAGUGGAGAAGGUCCUACGGCCGGGCUCCCAAGAUGAUCCACCUGGAAUCCAACUUCGUUCAGUUCAAGGAGGAGCUGCUGCCCAAGGAGGGGAACAAGGCGCUGCUCACGUUCCCCUUCCUGCACAUUUACUGGACCGAGUGCUGCGAUACUGAAGUGUACAAGGCCACAGUAAAAGAUGACCUCACCAAGUGGCAGAACGUCCUGAAAGCUCAUAGCUCUGUGGACUGGUUAAUAGUGGUCGUCGAAAAUGACGCCAAGAAAAAAAACAAAACCAACAUCCUUCCCCGCACUUCGAUUGCGGACAAGAUGAGAAAUGACUUCUGUAACAAGCAGAGUGACAGGUGCGUUGUGCUCUCCGACCCCCUGAAGGACUCUUCCAGAACUCAGGAAUCCUGGAAUGCCUUCCUGACCAAGCUCAGGACGCUGCUGCUGAUGUCUUUCACCAAAAACCUGGGCAAGUUCGAGGACGACAUGAGGACCUUGCGGGAGAAGAGGACCGAGCCUGGCUGGAGCUUUUGUGAAUAUUUCAUGGUUCAGGAGGAGCUCGCCUUCGUGUUUGAGAUGCUGCAGCAGUUCGAGGACGCGCUGGUGCAGUAUGACGAGCUGGACGCCCUGUUCUCCCAGUACGUCGUCAACUUCGGUGCCGGGGAUGGCGCCAACUGGCUGGCUUUCUUCUGCCAGCCAGUGAAGAGCUGGAACGGCCUGGUCCUGCGCAAGCCCAUAGACAUGGAGAAGCGGGAGCUGAUCCAGAGGCAGGAGGCCACCCUGCUGGACCUGCGCAGCUACCUCUUCUCUCGCCAGUGCACCCUGCUCCUCUUCCUGCAGAGGCCGUGGGAGGUGGCCCAGCGCGCCCUGGAGCUGCUGCACAGCUGUGUGCAGGAGCUGAAGCUGCUGGAG